UUAAUUUCUUAUUGUUUAACUUGAAUUCUGACUUGUAAAAUAAACUUGUUGCCUAGUAGUUACUACAUUAAAAAACCCUUAAAGGGAGUGGAAACGGUGUUCUUAAAGUUAAUCAAUCACAGCUUUAAUGAUCUCAUCGGUGAAAAACUCUGGAAAAUGGACCAAGGUAGAACGUUCUCCCCGACAUUAAAAUUCACACCGCACAAUCCAAAAGUGACAUCCUGUUUGAAAAGAAAACGAUUCAAACAUGACCACAAAAGAAUACACCCAUAGCUUGCCCAAUCUCUCGAAUGUCGUUGACUGAUUCUCCAGCUGAUAGAGAAUUUACCUCCUAAAAAAAAUAAUAAGGGUUUUCCCCCCACGUUUUCCUCAAUCCAAAAAACAAUUAUAAACACUCCUUGUUGAAGAUUGGCCACAACCACUGAGGCGCCGGCAGCUGCAGGUACCGGCCGUGACCUUUCCGAUUGGAGUUGAGAUUUCACUUUCGCUCCCAAGGUCAAAAGGGAGUCACUCCGGCCCACGAGGUGAGUUUGGAUGUCAUAAGCCAAACAAGACGUUGCACUUUUCAGUUGUCUGUGAGACUCGUUUCUUAUCGGAAGUUGUUGGUGAUAGCGUCGGGGUUUCAUUCAAUUAUGUGGAUUGAUACCAUCGGUGUUCAGUGAAUCUUGUUCGAAAUUGGAGACUAGUAGCGGAUAAAUCUUUCUUCAAUCAUCAUGAAUCAUUUAUUUAUUGGUUUCGCUUGCCUUCUCUUCGCAUCGGUCGUCUUCGCCUAUACUCCAAGGGAAUGUUCAAAGGCCAGCGACUGCGGUCCAAAUGAAUGCUGUGUUGUUGGAAUGGAAAGAUAUGCAAUUCCUCAAUGCGCCGCCAAGCGGAAGCUGAACGAACACUGCAGAGAGGGCGCUGAACCGGAAGAGAAAGCUUUGUAUUAUCCAAACUCGGAAUUCCGCUUUGUGGAAGAAGCUUGGACCUUAUUUUGCCCCUGUGAAGACAUUUACGUUUGCCACAAAAACAAAUGCGCUAAACGUUAAGUCUGUGAAGUCGAUUCGACAUUUAAUUUAUUAAGGUAGAAAGGAAAUGUCUUUUAACUUAUCGUAGAGGUCGUGAAUAGAGAAUGACUCUGAAUUACUAAGAAUCUAAUCUGAGUUAUGUAAUGGUAGGUGCCAUCCAAUGAAUCUUAUUAGAAAAAUGAUUAGAUAAAAGUGUUGCUUCUUCAUUUAGUACCUGAAAUGUAGCCAGUGUCGGUGGAUUGCGUUUUGAACUCGAAUCUCAUUUGUUAUAUGAUGUAGUAUGUAUGGAAAUAAAAUAUAAAAGUUGCUCUCAAA